AUGACUCCUGCUUUUACCUCAGACUCUGAUAGCGACAAGGCGAGCUGUCGAGCCGAUCGGCUGCAGAGAGAAGAGCAGCCACUCCUUGAUAUCUUAACUCAAUAUGACCCUCCUUCUGAUGAGGAUUCUGUCAGAUCUUCGGUUGAGCUUCAGCCUUAUCCCCCUGGAAUCCCAGACCGCACAGAACCGGAGCCUGACUCCUCUGCGGACCAUACAGAGCUGGAGUCCGUCAUUCCUUCAGCUCAUGCAAUGGAUGGUGUUGAAAUAGCGGCUCCCUUAGCCGCUGGAUUUGAGGAUGACCUGUAUAUAGCCCCACUUGCAAAAAGGUCCGAAAUAUCUAUCCGUCGCAGCGCAGCGGAAAUCCUACCGUUUGAAAUUAGGUCCACACUGAAUGACCUUGCCAGACAUCACUAUUUUCUUGUAAUUGAAGGAAAUCAGGUGCGAGCUCCGAGCCAUGAGGAUCUGUUCGAGGAGGCGCAAAAGGCGCGGCUUUUAUUGGUAGGUAUGAAGACCUCUCGUGGUACAAAGACCAAGGAGCCUUCUCAUGGAGCCGCAACAAAGAAUGCAGGUAUAUCCUUGCAGGAGUUUGAAGACUAUCUUUCGAACUUUUGUAUAGAAGGAAACAUGCUUCAUGGAGAGAGGUCCAUGGCUGUGAUCCACUUUUCGUUGAUGCAAUUCAUUUUGGUUGAUGCGAUCCAAUUUGGCCGCAAAUCCGAUCUAGAUGCGGUCUGA